AUUGCGCUACUUUGAGAAUGAGACUAUGUGGUGUGGGUUUUGUGUAUGGUUAGUGAAAGUGAAAUUGCAUUUCCAUCUUAUAUGUAUUUGUACCAAACACAGUUUGCACAAACCUUCCAAAGAAGAAAUUCAACAUCAUUAUUUAUAACCUUUCUAAUACGAAACGCUCAGAACCCCAUAUACCACAACACCAAAUUGUGUAUGCUAAGUACUUAUUGAGACAAGUCAUAUUUACAGACGAAAACCUCAAAAAUCACUUGAGAAAUAUUGUGUUUUGUAUAUGACCGGAUUAUAUCACCCCACCUGCAGAUCAUAACGAUUGAUCUUUUGCAUUCGUCACAAUCAUGAACUGUCCCAUGUUCUAGUGAAGUAACAAUUUUUAGAAAUAUAAACAAAAAAUUAAAGGCCCACCUUUAGAAAAGCGCGGACAAUAAAUCCAAAUAUCGUUGACAUCUCACAAGAAACCGACUUAAUCCUCACAUCUUUCUCGUUCUGGGCGUGGGAAUGUUGCCUAGGUAUUUUUAUUUCUUACAUUCUUGAUCAAUUUCCUGAACGUUUCUUCACCCACCAGUCCCUCCCUGCUUCCAAUCAACCUGCCCCUCACCAGAACAGACCCCUGUCUUACGGUAACAGGUCAGGUAAAGUAGCUGUUGAUUAACAGUAAAUGAGUAAACAGCAGGCACGGAGACUCUCUCCCCAGACAAAAACGACUGGUUGGUUUCUCGACUAGCUAGAGUGUUGCCGAUUUCACGUUACUACAGGAAAAAGAUCUGCCCGUGUGACAUGUCCAAAUAUGUGUCGAUACAAGGUUCUAACGCCGAUAUGGCUGUGAUAACGGGACGGGGCUGUAUCGCGGCAAUCGGUUUGAUUGUCGUGGCCUUUGUCAUCGGGUUGAUGAUCGGCCUGUUCGCCCCAGAGCGCUACGGGCCCAAGUCAGACAAAAUACUGAGAAGACUCACAAGAGAUGCGGACCCUGAUGUUGGCAACAGACUCAUCAACGGGAUCGACCCUGCGAUCAUUGACAAACACCUGCAAUUUUUAACCUCACGCCCGCAUCUCGCCGGAACUCCAGGCAACCUCCGUACGGCAGAGUACGUCAGAGAUCAAUGGACGGAACAGGGAUAUGACGUACAGAUGGUGCCGUAUAAUGUGCUGCUGUCAUACCCAGAGGAGAAUCAUAUCAAUACCGCAAGCCUGGUGGCCUCUGACGGGAGAGUGAUGUACCAGACUUCCCCCGGUGAACAUGCCUUGUCCCCCGAGGACGCCCACCCCGAAGCCAUACAACCAUACAACGCCUUCUCCCCCAGCGGCAACCCCGAGAGUGAGUUAGUGUACGCCAACUACGCCCGAGACGUUGACUUUGAGAGCCUCAUCCGACUUGGGGUAAACGUUUCGGGAAAGAUCGUCAUUGCUCGGUAUGGACAGAUCUUCCGUGGGAACAAGGUUAACUUUGCUUACCAAAAUGGUGCCGUUGGCGUCAUCCUCUUCAUGGAUCCAAGUGACUACACCGACGGUAAAGUCACGUAUCCAGACAGCAUCUGGCUACCACCUACCGGCGUCCAGAGGGGCAACAUCGUAAUGAUUAAAGGGGAUCAAGCUACUCCUGGGUACCCGGCAACUUGGUAUACCGAACGUCUCACGGAUGAAGAAUUGAAGGCCAAACUUCCUAAAAUACCGUGUCACCCAAUAGGCUAUGCUGAUGCCUAUAUGCUACUGAAGGCGAUGGAGGGGUUGGCAGCUCCACCCGAGUGGCAGGGGGGCCUCAACAUCACCUACAAACUUGGGGGAAUCAUGACAGCAAACACAAAGGUGAAAUUGUACGUAAAGAACAAACUGAAAACGGUCAAAAUAUACAACGUCAUAGCUAAGAUGAAAGGUGUCAUAGAAAGCGACAGAGUGGUGCUGAUAGGAAACCACAGGGACGCAUGGGUGUUCGGCGGGGUUGACCCGUCUUCCGGAAGUGCCGCCAUCUUGGAAAUGUCCAGAGUUUAUGCCGACCAAUUCAAAGGCGGUUGGGAGCCCCGGAGAUCGGUCAUGUUCUGCAGCUGGGAUGCGGAGGAGUUUGGCCUGGUGGGGUCGUACGAGUGGGUCGAGGAGAAUGUCAUGUGGCUACGGAACCAGGCCGUUGCCUAUUUAAACAUCGACUCAACUACAGCCGGUAAUUACACAAUAAGUGUUGCCGCGACUCCAACAAUCAGACGUGCCAUUUUCCGAGCAGCGCAAAAGGUGCCGGAUUCCCACCAGGCUGGUAGAACCCUGUUCGAUGUAUGGAGGGAGAGAAGACCAGAUGCAGCUAAGAAGGAGUUCCCCAGCCUCAAAAUGCCCGGGGCAGGAUCGGAUUUUGUACCAUUCGAGGAGGAUGUUGCUAUUCCUACCUUAACAGCCGACUACAGGAACAUGGAUCUAGGGUACAGGGUGCACAAGAAAAACGCCCAUCCGUUGUACCACACUCUAUAUGGCGGGUACCGCUAUGUCAAGAUGAUCGAUCCGGAACUACGGGUUGCGAGGACAGUGGCAGCCCUUGUCAUCGAGACAGCGCGAGAUCUCGUCGAUUCUCUGAUUUUACCACUGGAUGUGCGAGAUUAUGCUGAAGCGGUGGACGGUUAUAUUCAAACAUUAUUCGACUCAGGAAGACAGAAAUUCUCUUCUUACAAUAUAACGUCGGUGGCUAUCAAGUCCGCAUCCCAGAAUUUUACCAAUGCCGCAAAGGCAUUUCACUUUGCUUUGGACAAAGUUGAUUUACACAACCCUCUUGAAGUGAGAGCGGUCAACGAGAAGUUACAGACAGUGGAGAAGGCAUUCCAGGUUCACAGCGGACUCCCAAACCGGAAGGAAUACAAGCACGUGCUGCUAUCCCCGAGCAGCGCCGACUACUACAAAACGACCACGUUUCCAGGGAUGGCGGACCUCCUCUAUCAGAUCGGGGACAACGCGACACGCUGGAGGGAGGUCAAGACCCAUCUGUCCGUCCUGACCUUCUGCAUACAGUCAGCGGCCGAUAUACUUACAAGCUAGUUCUACACAGACGUUUUGUUGUUUCAAUAAGGUUGUUAUAACAGUGAUUUCAAUGAUAUGUCUUAUGUGUAAGUUACUUCCAAAUGAUACCACCGGUAGAUUCGUUCAAAAUGGAGUGAGUGAGUGGGCGAGUGUGGUUUUACCACGCUUUUAGCAGUAUUCAGGCGAUAUCGAGGCGGGGGACACUCAAAAUGGGCUUAACACUUGAGGGGAAUCAAACCCGGGUCUUCGGCGUGACGAGCGAACGCUUUAACCACUGGGCUACCCCACCGCCCAUAGUUCUAACAGGACAUUGUUAUUGGUGAUAUUAUGGCAUUUUUCAUCAUUAUAUUCAAGUAGUUUUGAAGCUUGUAUAUGCGAUACAGUAUCUAUGUCCGCGGGUCUUCAUUAAGAGCAUUUUAAUUUUUUUCUGAGAUAAGUCGAGUCGACUCGUAUGUAACUGUCAAAAUGCAAAAAAAAAUGUUGCUGUGAAUUCGAUUGUGCUUGGUUGACUUGUACCACAGCGCAAAUGUCUCAUUUCACUUAAGAAUCAGAUAGGGAAUUCGAAAUCACGUACUGCGUUACUGCGUAUUUGACAGACGAGUCUGGGAAGCCAUGAAAGCAUAUCAUUUUACUGUGUCUAGAAAUAAGCGUUCACUUUUUUAUUUCCAUCAGUAUAUAUAAUGUUUUGUGUUGUGUCCUGAAAAAUCUCGGUAUGGGAGAUAAAAAGUUACUUAAUAUGAUCACAGUUCCUUCUGCGUCUGAGUAUAGAGCCAUACAUAAAGACAUCAUUGACUUAUCUUCUUGGAGACUCAACAUUGUCUGAUCUACGGUGUGCUAAGAGUUAACGCCUAUCAUUCGGAAUAUUUCAAUCGGAAGACAGUACGAAUGGAGAUUCGAACACUUUAACCACAGGGCCAACCCACCUCCCCCUGACAUAUCUAGAAAUAAUUGGAGAGCCGGUACUAGCUUGUUGAAAAUACCAAAAUGUAGGUAACAAUUUGAAUUGUUUCCUUACAAUAAAGUUCUAUUUCCAAA